AUGUUCAUUUCAAGAAAACCCAAAAAUUCAUCUCAUCAUCACGAAGAUAGCAAUCGUCAGGGAGGAAUUGCUUCGUGGAAUAACAACAGAAAUAACAACAAUAGAAAUUCUUCUAAUUCAUAUAAAAACAAAGACAAAUAUAACAACCGAAAAGGAGAGUAUAAUAACAGGGAAAACAAAAGCUCAUCGUUCCGAGAGCGAGGACAAUAUAGCAAGAAUUCUUAUCAGAGAAAUUAUGACGAGCAAGAGGGAGAGGUUGAUGAUAUCUCGGCAUUCGGACAAGAGAUUUCUCAAUAUACUUUAACUGAAAUUUUAGAUGAAGAAGGAAAGAAUCAAAUCAAAACAGCAAGGAGUAUCAUGUCUUAUUUCCGAAGGGUUGAAGGAUUGAUAAACAAGGAUGAAUUUCCAACCAAUGAAGAUAGAAUUCAAUUUAUUACCAGCGUGGUCAAUUAUACUUGUGAAUUGCGAAACUUGUUUGACACUGCAAGCGAUGAGGAUCGAGAUGAGAUUGUGAAAAAAGGACUUGUUGCCUUUAUUUUGACUGUGAAUAAUCCAGUCAUUGCCAAAACAUUACAAACCAUGAUACCACUUUCGUCAAGUGAGGAUAUUCGAAGUUUUUUGAAAGCAUGCUCUAGUGGGUUUGAUAUAAUCUGCAACGGCAAAUUUAGUUCUUUUGUGAUUCAAGAAGCAUUGAAAUAUGUUCCAGAUGUGGUCAAAGAAGAAGCAAGCAAUGCCAUGCUUGAUGAUGUAGAGGACAAUACUAAUACGAUCGAAGAUAAUACUAUUUCUACAAUUUUGAAUCAAAUCUAUUACUCAAAGAUUGACCCAAAUUUGUUUGACAUGAUUUUCCACAAGAAUGCAAGUUUUGUUGUUAGACAGUUAAGCUUAUGCCUCGGAAAUAUCAACGCAAAAGAGGAAGGAAAAACAUUACUGGACAUUAUGGUCGAGAAAAUGAUUUCGUCAUGUCCAAUUGCUGAUGUUCUUUCCGAUAACAUUGCACUAGGAUUUUUGACUAGCCUAAUGGAAAAUGUUUCCUCUACAGAUUCCAAAUUAUUCACAAAUAUCAUGAGGUAUGCCAUUGGGCAAGACAGCAACUCUGAAUUAAGCGUGUCUACUGAGACUAUCUCCAAGCUCCUUUCUACUCCCCAACAUUGUCACAUUGUUGAAGUUAUCAUCAACCAUGGAGAUGAAAAGACAUUUUCAUAUAUUUUGCAGCAUGUCAUACUCCCUAAUGCUGAAAGUUUUGCCACAGACCAAUCAAAAUGCUAUUCUUUGGUUAAUGCUAUUGAAAAGGCAAAUAGAGAUCAAUUUAUAUCCAUUUUCAAUUCUGUCAAAGAGACCAUUAAGAAAUGCUUUGGUAAUACUCUAAACGUCAUUACCGCACUCGCAAAAGGAUGUCUUAAAUUUAACACUAAAGAGCAAGAAAUACUUCAACAAAUGAUGAAAGGUUUUGAAGGGGAGGAACACCAAACCAUAGAACAAUCAGUGAUGAGGUUGUUGUUUUCAUCAGGGGAUGACAAAGUCAUGAAUAGACACGGUUGUAAUCUACUCUCUACCAUUUUUACAUUCCAAUCAAAGAAAUUGCUUGCUCCUCUCGUGGAUGUAUUUAAAAAUAUGGAAGAAAGCAAGUUUUUCGAUUUAUGUAUUUCGAAGGAGGGAAGUAUGGUGAUUGAUUCAUUAGUUCAAUCAUAUGAUGAAUUCAUUCAAAAAAUUAAGCCAAAACUUGUCGAGUUGGCCACUAAUGUGUAUGGAGCUUUUAUUGUCGAAAAGGCCAUGACAGAUUGUAAGGACAGCAAACUACAUAAGGAAAUUGCUACAAUUCUGAAAGAUGCAGAACAAAAGAUACGAUCCACCAAGCCAGGUUCAAUACUUUGGAAUAAGACCAACUUGUCUCAGUUUAAGAGCAAUCCAAAUGAAUGGAUUCAAAGAAAGGAAGAGCAACGAAUUCAAAAGAAGAAAACAAGCAAGAUGAUGCAAGAAGUUCUCAUUUCGUCGAGUACACCAUCAGGUUCAAGUAAAAAGAAGAAGAAUAAGAAGUCAAAAGCUUCAGAGGAGCCAAAAGCAAAGGUUUCAGAGGAAUCACACUCACCAACAAAUCAAGAAUCUGACCAGACAUUGAAAGUCGACAGAAAACAAAAAUCCAAACAAGACAAGUCAGAAAAGCCAAAGAAAUCUGAGCAAGUUACAAGCAGUGACGUUAAUUUAGAUUUCUUGGAUUUUUCAAAGGACAAAGUCAGUACUCAAAAACCAAAGCAGGAAGAGAAGAAGCGAAAGAAGGACGUUACAGACCUGCUAGACAAUAUUUUUGAAUCAAGUUUGAAGAAGAAAAAGUAA